ACCUGAAUCCAAAAGUGUUCAAUUUCCAUAGUAAAAUAUAUUUUGCGAUGGGACUGAAGUUCAUAUAUAUAUAUGUAUUUUCAGGCUAUCUUCCAUUCAUCUAACAUGGAUGCAUUUGUAUAUUGGUUAUGUGAUAAUGAAGGAAUUUGUUACGGCCCUUGUAUAGCUUACUGGCAUUUAGAAGAAGAGCUCGGAAUAACACUUUUAAAUGUACCUGGAGAAGUGAAACAAUUUCAGCUGCUUAGCCCCGAAACAGGACAAAAUUUUCAUGCCAAGGAUUUUGAAAGUCUUUUGUUGUUUUCUCUACAAACACGAAAUGAGUGGAUACCUGAUGGAAAGCAAGUUACAUGUGGAAGACUGGACACUACCAGCAUGAACUGGACAACUGAGGGAUGUUCUACAGCCCCACACAAAAGCUCCCACUACACUGUGCUCUUGUGUUCCUGCAAGUCAAUGGGAAUUUUUGGUUCUGUUCUGCAAGACAUUCCUUCAACCACAGUAGAUCCUACAGAACUUUAUAUUACUUUAAAUGACACCAGCAGUUCAGAAACAAUGAAAAUGUACCAAAAUGAUGAAGAAAGGAAGACUGUUCGGGUUAAAAUUCGACUUAAUAUUGACUAUGAUAAAGCAGUGUCUGGGAAAAAGACAGAAUUUGCUGAACAUAUUUCUCAGCAAAUAGCAAACCUUUUAAGGCUUAGAAUGGAACAAAUAAAGAAUUUGACAGUCUCUAGAGGAAGUGUCAUCGUGGAUUUUAACCUAACACACUUGAAUGACUCAGAAGGUAAGGCUGAAGAGCUCCAGAGCAUGAAUAAAAAUGGGACAUUAGCACUAACAGACUUAGAAGGAAAGGAAAUGCCUGUUGAUUCUUUAAGUGCAGAUGUUUCUGGUUCAGAAGAUCAUGGUAAGGAAACCUCAAUUUCUGAAAUAACAACAGAAGCGAGCAGUCAAAAGCAACUAUUCGGUUCUUCUAACCAAACACCAGAUGACCAGUUAUUAACAAAGACUUUAGUCACCACUUCAACAACCCUAGAUAACAAAGCCAAUACAGAAUUUGAUAAUGUUAAAAAGCUGCCAGUGUUAUUCAAAGUCAAAGAUGAAUACGACAUUGUUGUCAAGGGAAGAAAGAAAAAAUUCAUCAGUCAUGCUAUUUCUCAGCUGUCUACUAAGAUGAAAGUUCCCAUACCUUGUUUUCAGGACUUUGAUGUAACCUCAGGAAGUAUUCUGUUCAGCUUUAAUUUGGUUCCAGUCCACGAAGGAUCCAUUAUGGUUGACGAGUCAUCACUUCAAGAUGCCAAACGUGAACUAGAGAGAAGGAUUCAAAAAGGAGAAGUUACCCUGUUAGAUUUAGAUGGGAGAGUUCUUCUUGUUAUACCACUGAUUUCAGCAGCUGCCAGUGAUAAGUUUGACUUUGCUCCCAUCAUAAUGGGAAUUGUGAUUGGUGUUUUCAUCUUGAUGAUUGUGCUGGUGAUACUGACUGCCAUCAUUGUGAAGUCCAUCCAUAAAUAUAACUGUAAAGUGGCUCCAGUUAAGGAUCAAAGUCCUCCACCAUCAUACAGAAGUACCAAACACCAGGGUGCAGCAGGUGGAAAAGACAAGAUGUUCUACAAAAAUGAAGAAUUGGAAGGUCCAGCAGCACAUUCUCGCCGUCAGAGUGUGCCAUCAGCAGCAAUAUACAGGCCUCCAAGUGACAAUCAGUUGAACAACACCCAACCCCCACCAACAGCAGUCAAAUCUAAACUGAAAAAUGAAUGGGACAUUGAUAGUGACAUCUCCGUAAUCAGAGAAUCACCUGAUGCCUAAUGAGAGAAGAGCAUGCAGUUUGCUUUUUUAAUUUGACAAUAUAAUACGUGUACUUUUCAAUAGAGUAAUGAGGUGUGAUUCAAAUAUAUAUUCAUUAUGAAUAUUACAUUAUUAUAUUUUGAUAACUGUCCAUCCUACCACAUCAAAAGAAUGCUCUUAUUUGUAAGUAUACUAUUUGAAUAUACUUGAUAUUGAAUUUGAUAUACUCAUUUGAUUCACAAGUCUCUCAUGUUAAAGUUUUUCACUACAGGAUUGGUAAAUUAAUGGAAUUUGUAUUUAAUGUAUUCUCAUAAAAUAUGACAAGGUACUAAUCUUUACUUCAAGUAGUUAUGCCUACCACAAGUUAAUGCUAUAAGACUCCUCUUUAAAAUAAUCUUGAUUAUAUUUUUAGAAAUAGGAUUGAUUUUUUUUUUUAAUUAUACAAAUUAACAUCAUCAAAUACUGAUUUUGCUAUUAUUAGGUCUAAAACAAUGAUGACGCCUUUCAUCAUGUGAUGAUGUAUUUGCAUUUGCUGUUGUGUGGCUGGUAAGCUAAAUGUGUUCAUGUGAUGAAUCGUCUAAAAAUAUAGGAAGUAGCACAAUUUUUCUAGAUUCACACAUCCUUACAGGAUAUAAUUUGAUUAUCUGAUGUUUAAGUACUUAGUUACAAUACCAAUAUUGUGCACAUAAUAAAUAAUAGAUAGAUAAAAAUUGUGAUAGGUUUUUGAUUUACACAUAAUAUAUAUAUUUUAUAAUAAGUUUGUUUGAGACUAAGAAAUGUGAAAAUAUAUUAUGGUAUUUUAUUCUACACCAUUUUUUUCUUCAUAAUAUAUAUUAUACUGCUAAAUAUUUGUGAUACUAGUAUCAUUGCUUGAGUAUUUGCUCUUCACCAUUUUUAUACUUAUUAUUUGUGAGAUGCAGAUGUUAACAAGAUUGUGUAAGUUUUCUUCACUUGCAUGAUAUG